AUGCCCACGCGGUUCCUGGUCCGGGUCUCUGGUUCCUCCUGAAGCUACUACUGACCGGGAAAGUGAGGCUCAGACGGGGAGGUGCGCCCCCCAAACCCCGAGGGAACCUGUUUCCUUUCCUUGGAUCCGCUGUGAAAGGCCGGUUCCCCGGCCACCGGCAUCUUCCCCGAGCCUCCAAUUUUUCCAGCAAGGGGGUGAUCGAGGCGACAUUUAGGACUUGGGCGUGAGAGAGAGUGGCUGUUCUUGGUCCCUAGUUACUCGAGGACCUGCAAACUAGGGGUGUAGCCUAGGUGACGCCGCCUGUGGCUGAGGUGGCGCCGGGAUUUGGACCCGAGUCCAGCAGAGUCCAGCCUUGGGUUUCGCGAGGCCCUGGAGAACCAAGAUGACCCACUCUUUGGUUUGUCCGGAGACAGUGAGCAGGGUGAGUUCCGUGCUGAAUCGCAACAGCCGGCAGUUUGGAAAGAAGUAUCUUUUUGACCAAGACGAAGAGACGUGCUGGAACUCGGACCAGGGCCCCUGCCAGUGGGUGACACUGGAAUUUCCCCAGCGCAUCUGUGUCUCCCAGCUGCAGAUCCAGUUCCAGGGGGGCUUCUCCAGUCGCCGGGGCCGCCUGGAAGGGUCACAGGGGAGUGAGGCCCUCCACAACAUUGUGGACUUCUACCCCGAGGACAACAAUUCCCUUCAGACAUUCUCUGUGCCGGCUGCUGAGGUGGACCGCUUGAAGGUGACAUUUGAAGACACCACUGACUUUUUUGGCCGCGUGGUCAUCUACCACUUGAGAGUGCUGGGGGAGAAGAAGGUCUGAGACCUCUGGGGAUGGGGAGGACACCUCUCAAGGAAGCCCUCGGGGAAUCACAGCAAAGUCCUUUAAUUUCUGCACAGAAGGUUUAUUGGUUCCUCUUGGGAAGGGUCCCCUCCCACUUCCUGUCCAGGAGCUGCCUUUGAAGCCAGUUCUGGGUUCUCCCAGCUCUGGGUCGACCAUUUGGUUCCCUGAGUGUCUGCGUCCCCAACAGGCAGCCUUCACUCCGGGUCAGUGGGCCCCAGGUUGCUGUGGAACAGUUUGAGGAUGUGGUUCUCGAUUACCUGUUGCACUGGAGAUGGGUAGGGAAAAGGUAGCCGCUGGAAAGGAAGCUGUAGAGCCAACAGGCACCAUCCCAACCUGCACCGUUGCCCUGAGGAUGAGCCAGGGCUUUACAGCCCUGGGGCCUGGAUGGAAGACCCCCUAUACAGACAACAGGGUCCGUGCCCCUCCCAGAGCAAGAGUGGCAGGGUCAAGGCCUCCUCCCAGAAACAUCAACUUCCCCUGAGUUUGUAAAAAUUCCCUUCCUUUCUUCCUUCCUCCCUUCUAUUUCUUUCUUCAAUGCUGGGGAUGAAACUCAGGGCCUCACGGGACAGGCAAGUGCUCUACCACGGAGCCUCACUCCAGGCCUUAGAAAUGCGUUCCCUGCCCCCUUGUGGUACCAGGAAUCAGACCCAGGGGCACUCUGAGCUACAGCCCCAUCCCUUCUUAUUUUUGAGACAGGGUCUCACUAAGUUGCCCAGGCUGGCCUUGUAAUGCAUUUCUUGAGCCUUUUGGAGUUAUAAAAGACUUCUUACCAAACAAAAUGGGUGAGUUGUGAUUUUCAUGAAAAUAAUAUAGGGUCUGUGAGGGAUGAUUUCCGUCUCACAUAGAAUAAAACUCUCCAAAGGGAGGUAGGAUAUUUCCUGAGCCCAUCCUCCACCAACCAAGAGGAUGGGUGGUCAGGAUGUUCCCAUGUCAAACUUGGGUUUGCUUAUGGCCCCUGCUCAUACCUACCUCCUGCCAUGGACAGGACCGGGCUCCAUAGCCCCAUGCACUGUGGCCCGGCCCAAUUCCCUCUUGGUGUUCUGGCCCUGGUAAGCUUCUAUAUCCUUCUCUUACUUGGACGCAGUGAAGUCCUUCUAAAGUCCCCGAAGCCCACCCUGACCACCUUGCUGUUUGGUGUGUGGCCUGUGUGCACAAGCUGAAACUUGGGAUCUGCUGUCUGUAGUAAAUACACCUUGAGGCUUGGUCCCAAUGCAGUGGUGUUGGGAGGUGGGGCCUAUUAGGAGGUAUUUGGGUUGUGGGGGCAGAACCUUCAUGAAUGGAUCAAUGCCUUUCUCACUGUCAUGGGACUGGGUUGUUUACUGUGAGAACAGGUUGUUUUAAAUUUUAAA